AUGGCAACCUAUGAGCCCAAGAACAUCCUCAUAACCGGUGCCGCGGGUUUCAUCGCGUCCCACGUGGCAAACCGUCUGGUCAGGAAUUACCCGCGCUACAACAUCGUCAUUCUCGACAGGGUCGACUAUUGCUCCAGCCUUAGAAACCUCGACCCUUCUCGUGGAUCCCCGAAUUUCAAGUUUGUCAGGGGCGACAUCACCAGUGCCGACUUGGUGAACCACCUCCUGGUCACCGAGUCGAUCGAUACCGUCAUGCACUUUGCUGCCCAGACUCACGUCGACAACUCCUUCAGCAGUUCCUUUGAGUUCACCAAAAACAAUGUGUACGGUACCCACAUCCUCCUCGAGGCAUGCAAGCAGGUUAAGAUCAGAAGGUUCAUUCAUGUCAGCACCGAUGAAGUCUACGGAGAAACUGAUGUCAAUGCUGUUGUUGGUAACCAUGAGGAAUCUCGGCUGCUUCCGACGAACCCGUAUUCGGCUACGAAAGCCGGGGCAGAGAUGCUGGUGAUGGCCUACGCAAGGUCCUAUAAUCUUCCGGUGAUCACCACACGAGGUAACAAUGUGUAUGGGCCAAACCAGUUCCCCGAGAAGCUCAUCCCCAAAUUUGCUCUCCUGGCAAUGAGAGGCCUGCCACUCCCGGUUUAUGGGAAUGGCUCGAAUGCCAGGAGCUACUUGUACUGUGAGGAUGUCGCAGAAGCCUUUGAUGUUGUUCUUCACAGAGGAGAGGUUGGGCAUGUGUAUAACAUCGCCGCGGCUAAGGAGAGGGGAGUGGUGGAUGUGGCCAGGGACAUAUGUGAGAUUCUUGGGGUGGACCCUGAGAAGGCCAUCAAGUUCGUGGAGGACAGGCCGUUCAAUGACCAAAGGUACUUUGUGGACGGUGAGAAGAUGAGGAGGCUGGGGUGGUCGGAGCGCACAACGUGGGAGGAGGGACUGAGGAAGACGGUGGAGUGGUACGCCAGCAAUGCUGAUUACUGGGGAGAUGUUGGCGUUGUCUUGCGAGGGCAGCAUUGUAACUGGACAUAUGCUGCCUCAUCACCGCAAGCUGAUGAAGCAGAUGAGGAUCCUACGUUGAAAAGCGCAAGAUGGAAGUGCAGGGCAAUGUUAUAA